AUGCCUUCGCUUUCAAAGCUAAUCCAUCGGCCAAAGAAGGACGAUGCUGGACCAGCGCCAGCUGCCAAUGCGGCUGAGCCGCCUUCCGCAACGGCUUCGGAGACAUCGCCUGCACCCACCGUUGCAACGCCGAUGACUGCUUUGAAGCCUCAAAGCCUACCAGAAGACGCUGGAUCUAUCUCGUCACAGCUAUGGGAUGAAGCAUACGAUGAUCUCAAGUCCUCUGAGGCUGAUCUCAUGACGAGAUUUGAGAAGAUCCUGUCCCGAGAACUUGCAUUGCAACGCGCUCAAGCUACUGGAGCUUCUGAAUCUGCCGCGGAGAAAAGCGUCUCACAAGACAAUGCCAUCCCGCAGACAAAUCAGAGAGGCAUUCGCCAGGAAAGGCUUAAUAUGAUCAUUCAGGCAGGCCUGAAGAAAACAGCCAAGAUAGCAAAAUAUGAGGGCCACGUCAAAACAGCUAUUGACUAUGUCUUCAAGCUCAAAGACAUAAUCGACAUGGCUGUCUCAAGCAUGCCGGCCGCUGCGGCCGCUUGGUCAGGAAUAUCUUUAGGAUUACAGAUAUUCCUGAACCCAUUGACUUCUACUGAUGCCAACCGCAGUGGCAUUGUUUAUGUGGUAACCUCCAUGAAGUGGUACUAUAGCAUGUCAAAUCUGAUACUGAGAGAGAACAUCAAUGUCGAAAGUGCUCAUGGACGCUCCUUCUCCGACUUGAGAUCUUCCCUCAAGGCGAGAGUCUUGGAUUUGUAUAAGGCUAUCAUUACAUACACCACGAAAAGUGUGGUGUCCUACUACCGCCACCAAGGAUUGGAAUUCUUACGGGGACUCGUGCAGAUGAAUGACUGGGAUGGCUCUUUGGCAGCGGUGAAAUCUGCCGAGGUAGCUCUUCGAUCAGACAGCACAGAGUAUAGCACUCAAGCGAUGCGAAGCACUCUGGAUGAGCUACUUGCGGUAACUAAGAGCCAAGCAGAUGAUCUUCGGUCUCAGCUCGGAGACAUCCAUGCUGCCAUUGAGAAACAGACGGCAACGCAGCUAGAGUGGCGUAUGGAGGAUGGCGACGAAAACUGCCUCCGCGAUCUCCGGGUUGUUGAUCCACGAGACGAGAUUCGGGCGAUUGAGGCACGCAAAGAUGAUCUGUUAGACGAUGCAUACAAAUGGGUUCUCGACAAUAGCGAGUACAAGAAGUUCGUUAAUUGGGACGCCGAAGAUGAUCAACAAACUCGAAUGCUCUGGAUUAGGGGUGAUGCAGGCACCGGGAAGACAAUGUUGAUGAUGGGAAUACUGCGUGAACUCGAGUUGCGUGCUAAGCGAAGCGGAGAUACCACCACAUCGUACUUCUUCAUCCAAGCCACCGAUGCAAAGCUGAGCAACGCAACUACAAUUCUAAGAGGAUUAGUCUGGCUUCUCUUAGAUCAACGAAGAUCCUUAAUCUCGCACAUCCGAGACAAAUACAAGACGGCUGGGAAGGUCCUGUUCGAGGACAAGAACGCUUUCUUCGCGCUUUCUUCAGCGUUGAAGAGCAUACUUGACGACGAGACAACGCCUCGGAUUGUUCUUGCGGUUGACGCCUUAGACGAGUGCGACGAGCAGUCGAAGCCUGGCUUACCAGACCUAGUCGACCUCUUGGCGGAAGUUAGCCGAGGAUCUUCCCGCGUGAAGAUACUCCUAUCUAGUCGCCGAGGCAGGGCAGCACUCGACACAAAGCUGAACUCUCUUGAGGAGCCAAAACGUGUGAGCCUUGAGCUGGAUGCAGCCCUGCUAACGGAACCCGUGAAUGCAUAUAUCAAUCACAAAGUGUCAGAACUCGGUCAGAAGGGGUACGGUUUAGACAUUCAAUCUUCCGUUGUUGAAAUACUCCGCAACAAGGCCAACGGGACAUUUCUCUGGGUAGCAUUGGUGUGUAAGGAGCUUGAAGAAGUGGAAGACUACGAUGCUUUGGAGGUCUUGACAGAGAUGCCUCCCGGACUGAAGGAGCUUUACGAACGGAUGAUGGACAUGAUCAAUCGCCUAAAGAGGAGUGACCCGGGGUUCUGCAAAGCAAUUCUUGCAGCUGUCAUGUCCGCAUUUCGACCGCUCCGGCUUGAGGAAGUUGGUCUACAAGCCGGUCUACGACCCAAUGUACCGGCAACAACGAUAGUAAAAAAAUGCGGCUCAUUCCUAACAGUCCGAGACAACACAGUAUACUUCGUCCACCAAUCGGCUAAAGACUAUCUGGUUGACGAAAUAUACCAUGGCGACAUCGUUGGUGAACACGUGAAGAUGACAGAGCGAGCAAUCGAUGUGUUGGAACUGACUCUGAGGCGGAAUAUCGAAGUAUGCAGCUCUGUACUGGUCUGA